AUGACUGACAGAUAUCCUUUAGCCGAGAAAGCCCUGUCGGAGAGCUAUGCUCGGUUAAGGUACAAAGACACAUCUCUGCUCAUUUGGCAGCAACAGCAGCUGGAGCUGGAAAAGGCACCUCCGACCAACUAUCUGAGUCGAAGCCAAAGUACGUGGUACAGCCAAUACGGCAACCAGGCCGUAGUGGUACGCGACAAAACAAAACUUGGAAGCACAUCCAGUGCUGGACAGUCCAAAAUUUGUCUGAUUAUGUAA